CGCUUCUCAGCCAGCUCUGCAGCAAGGGGAAAAAGGAAAUAGUGAUCAAACAUACACUCGGCCUAAGAUAGAAAAAGAGAGAAGUGCAGAGAACAGGAUCCGUUUGCACGCCAUCCUUCUUGCCACCUCUUGCACCACUAGAUGGGUCCUUGAGACAAACUUCAGCGAACCGAGAAUAUUGCUCCCUUGUUUUGGAUUGUAGCGUGGAUUCCAAACACCUCUUGAAGCUUCUGGCUCAUGGACAUUUUCUGCUGAGUAAGUUUUCUAAAGAACUGCUGCAAAAGUUGAACAUCCCUGUGUGCAGCGCUUUCUGCUGAGACAGCCUAGUAGUAGUACUGAAAGAGAAAUGGUUGUCUUUUUUUUUUGUAAAUGCAAAAGAGCUUUACAGAAUCAAUAGCUGUCUUAAAAUAGGAGCCGUGUCUUAAGGAUUUGUUAUUUUCUCUCUUAGGAUGUGAUGAUUUAAGGACUAAGUGGGUUGAUCAGAUAAUUUUAGAUCUGCAGCAUCUCAAGCAAUUUUUGCAGCAGUAGUGCAAUUACGGAGAGACACAUCCUUAGGGUAAAGCUGUCUUUUUGUAGGGACUUUGUGUCUAGAACUGUCUCGUUGCAUUUGUUGCUUUUUAUUUUUUGUAUUUCUAGAUAAACCAGACAAAUCAAUUGCAGCUCCAUGUUCCGCAUUUAUUACCCGCACAUUAAUGUUUUGCCCACUCUUGCUUGGCUGAAGUUCCAGUAAUGGUUGCAGAUUUAAGGGUCUAUCAUUUGGACUAUUGAUAAAGAGACUUUGAUCAAUAGCUUUCCAGUCUGCACUAAGACAAGAAGUGAUUUAGUACAUUGACAGCCACCCUGAUCUGGGAAUAAAGAACAUGACAGUAUAUUUCCUUUGGAUGCAUAUCACAGCAGAAGGACCCAUUUCCUAUAUACAGUGCAUAAAUGCAGUCCAUCCCACAAGCAGUAACCAGAAAUCACUUGUUAUGGAAGGAACCUUGGAGAUCUGGAUAUAAAGUAGAUAUCAGCUACUCCUGGGAGCUGCCCUAACAGCAGCAACAAUCAAUCAGGAGGUUUUAAGAAGUCAUUGCUUUCAAGUAAUUAAACUGACAGUGCCCAGCUUUGGGGCUCCCGUCAUGUUCGUUCUUUAAUGAAACAGAAAUCAAGCUGCUGCCUCCAUUGGUUUGUCUGAGGCUGAAUCCUGCCCCUCUGCUAGUAUAUCUGAUAGGAUUGUAUUGAUCAUCACAGUGUGGAAUAUUCAUUUAGGGCUGAGUGGUGGGACUUGUGGGCAAUCUGCUCUCUCCAGCUACAGGAUCACUUUAUCAAUGUGGGGAAUCCUGGAGGAUGCAUUCCCUCCCCUGCACAUCUGUACUGUAACCAUCAGCAUACACCAGCUGGUCUCUGUGCACCUCAACAGCAUACUGCACUGCAAGAAGGAAACCUCUAUAUGAGUCACAUUCCUACCAUGGAUCUUCUCAAGGCUGCUUUCAGUAUUAUGGUUAUCUGUUUCCAUUCCUCUACAGGGACAAGGCUGCAAAGUGGACAAAUUGUUUGCAAGCACGGGACACAGAAACCAUGUUAUAAAAUCAUUUAUUUCCAUGAUACUUCAAGAAGGUUAUCAUUUGAGGAAUCUCAGGAGGAAUGUAAGCGGGAUGGAGGUUACCUAAUGACUAUCAAAUCUGAAGCUGAGCAGAAGUUCAUACAGAACCUGAUUCAGAGCCUCACAGCCUCUGACGGAGACUUCUGGCUUGGUCUCAGAAGAACUGAAGAUGAGUCUCCAAGCUCCAGUGACUGCCAAACCCUGUACACUUGGAUUGAUGGCAGUAGACCCACAUUUUGGAACUGGUAUGUGGAUGAGCCUUCAUGUGGAAGUGAGGUGUGUGUGGUCAUGUACUACCAGCCACAUGCGCCCCCUGGUGUUGGUGGGAGGUACUUGUUUCAGUGGAAUGAUGACAGAUGCAACAUGAAGAACAACUUCAUAUGCAAAUAUUCAGAAGUAGAGAAACCAUCCGAUCGCCCUACUAGAAACUCUUCAUCUUCGUUUGUUGAUGUUGGAUCAGCUGCCACCACGGAACCAGAAGUGUCCAUAAAAAACACAAAUGAGACUGCCAAAGAAGCAGAAGAGACGUACCUACAUUUUAUUCUUAUUGCAACUAUCCCGUUGAUGACGCUCUUGUUGAUUUUUAUCGGAGUCCUGUGCUGCUGUAUCAUAGAGAGAAGGAGACAAGUGAGAAGUGAUGCCUCUGUUAAGGAACCCAGCUUCUGGAUGUCCCCUAAUAGACGGAACAGCCCAAAUCUGGAGAUUUACAAUGUCAUCAAGCGGCAGACAGAAGCCGAUUUAGCAGGGACAAGACCAAAUAUUCGCAAUACCUCCUUUCAGAUCGCUCCAGGGGAGACCUCACCUCCAGACAACCUCUCAGGAGAGUAUGAUAACAUGGGAAGGAACAUUUCGGAGAGUGGCUUCGUUACACUUGCCAGCACAGAGAGUGGAUUUGUGACUAAUGAACUAUAUGAGCUGUGUAACGACCGAUAUGGGAGAAGCACUGAGUCAGGCUGGGUAGAGAAUGAAAUCUAUGGCUACUAAAUAAUAAAUAAAAAAAACAAUGGGACAAAUACAUGAAGGUAGAAGAUGUAAUACAGUAAAUGUAGACAGUCUUCUUCCACAACAAUAACAAUAUACUGGCUGCCUAUGGUUAUACAGUUUUUCCAUGUCAUAAAACAUCACUGAAAUAUGCAUCACAAAUCUCUCUGCCCUUCCCAAUAUGGAUUUGCAAAAAAAUAAGUUUUUUUUUUUUUAAUUCAUAUGAAUUAUUUCUAAGUGGACGUCUCAUCUGCAAUUAGACAUUUCACCACUAGAUGCCACUGCAGAUAAAGGAACUGCAAGACUGUUUUUCCAAAUACUGUCUACAGCACUGUUCUUGUGCUUGGUUUUGCACGUCCUUCCCUUGGUGAACUGAACCAGUGGAACACGCUACCUCGAAUGAAGUCUCCAGACAUGCAAAAUAGCUCCUCAUGUCGCCUUAUUUCACUGCAUCUUGAUGCUAUCAAACAAUUAUGUACAUGUCAAAAUGUAUGCUGAAUCCAUGAAGUUUAUGUUUACAUUAUUAUUAAUGUCAUUCUCUUACAUAACGUAAAAUUAUUGUUAUACGUUAAAUAAGACCUUAUUGUAUAUUAAUAUGAUGAGAUAUUGGGUCUCGUGCUAAGCUUAACAUACGCUUCCAUCCUGGGCCAUCUUAAUGUAUAUAGCACACUGGACAGCAUGACAAUUCUAGGGGCCUUCGAGCGGGGGUGCAUGGUGGUCACACAAUCAGAGUGGCGAGGUAGCAUUCUCUACCAGACUGCAGCCAGGCAGUGAAUGUCUGUCAGCAUGCUGAUUGGUGGAUGGCUGGAGCUAUCCACCAAUCAAAGUGCUGACAGCCAUUCACUGUAUGGAAGCAUGAGGAGAGAUGGUUUAAAAUUACAGAAGUGCAUUGCUUUGUCCAGGGCCUACAAUGCUGUUACGACGGCUUCCAUGUGAGCACAUCUGAGUGCAUGUACAUUUCAAUUUAGUACAUUUCAAUUUACAUUAACGACCAAAGAAGCAUGACUGUGUUGUAAUG